AUGGAUCCUAAGAUUGAGCGACGAAAGGCCCUUCAGAAGCGCAACAGACGAAUGAAAAGCCUUCUUCUGAAAGCAGUUGAUAUGAGCAUUCUCUGCGAUGCGGAGAUAUUCCUUGGUAUUCGAAUCCGGGAGACAGGCCGUGUCACUACAUUUUGCUCAGACCCAGAAGGACUCUGGUCUCCUGCUACUUUGAAAUUAAAAAAUUAUUACCCUAUUCCCAUCAAUAUGACGCUAGAGGAUUUUCAGCACGGACGAGGCCGGAACAAAGAUCAGGAUCCAGAGUCGGCGAUCGACGAAGCUGGCGGAGAGGAUUGA